CUCCUCCAUGGCUGAAAUUGAAGCUCAACCUCAAAAGUACACUCCUCCACUAUCAAAAUUCCCUGAUGACCCAGUUCGCCACGUGUCCCUUCCACUCACCACUAACCACACAAAAAAACCGUUCCUCUUCCCUCUUCUUCCUCUCCGUUAAAACCACAAACCCACUUCUCUGCAACUUCGAAUGGAAAAGAAAUCGAAAAAAAGAAGAACAAGAAGAAAAACCCUUUAGCGAGCUCCCAAUUUUGAGGCUAAAUCCAAAAAUUAAGCUCUCAUAAACCAUCUUGAUCGGUUGUUUUAGAGCUUUUGUUUUCCCGUCAUCAAUGGCGUCCUUGAUGUCAUCGCCAUUUUUACCGGCUUCCAAAUCGGAGCUUCAGCUCUCAUCGCUUUCCCAGAAGCAUUUCUUCCUCCAUUCCUUCCUCCCCAAGAAAACCCACCUCGCCAUUUCUUCAAAAUCCGCCGUGAAAGUGAAAUGUGUCGCCACCGGCAAUGGUCUCUUCACACAAACAAGUCCCGAAGUCCGGCGUGUCGUUCCCGACAACACCAACGGCCUUCCGACAGUCAAAAUUGUGUAUGUCGUUCUCGAAGCACAAUACCAAUCAUCACUCACCGCCGCCGUUUUAGCUCUCAACAAGAACAAAACCCAUGCCAAUUUCCAAGUUGUGGGUUAUUUAGUCGAAGAGCUUCGCGAUGUUUCAACGUACAAUACAUUCUGUAAAGACGUGGAGGAUGCGAACAUCUUCAUUGGGUCAUUGAUUUUCGUUGAGGAACUCGCUUUGAAAGUGAAGGCAGCUGUUGAGAAAGAAAGGGAUCGACUCGACGCCGUUUUGGUGUUUCCAUCGAUGCCUGAAGUGAUGAGAUUAAACAAGCUUGGGAGUUUCAGUAUGUCACAAUUGGGGCAAUCUAAGAGUCCAUUUUUUCAGCUGUUUAAGAAGAAGAAGCAAUCAGCUGGGUUUGCUGAUAGCAUGUUGAAGCUUGUAAGGACAUUGCCAAAGGUAUUAAAGUACUUGCCUAGUGAUAAGGCACAGGAUGCUAGGCUUUAUAUAUUGAGUUUGCAAUUUUGGCUUGGUGGGUCACCUGAUAAUCUUCAAAAUUUCUUGAAAAUGAUAUCUGGUUCAUAUGUUCCUGCUUUAAAAGGGGCUAAGAUUGAGUAUUCUGAGCCAGUUUUGUAUUUAGACACUGGAAUUUGGCACCCUUUGGCUCCUUGUAUGUAUGAUGAUGUGAAGGAGUAUUUGAAUUGGUAUGGAACAAGGAGGGAUGCUAAUGAGAAGCUUAAGGACUCUAAGGCCCCUGUGAUUGGGCUUAUUUUGCAGAGGAGUCACAUUGUUACAGGUGAUGAGAGCCAUUAUGUGGCUGUGAUUAUGGAGUUGGAGGCUAGAGGGGCUAAAGUGAUACCUAUUUUUGCUGGUGGGCUUGAUUUUUCGGGUCCGGUCGAGAGGUAUCUUGUCGAUCCGGUGACGAAGAAACCGUUCGUGCACUCGGUCGUGUCGCUUACUGGGUUUGCUCUGGUUGGAGGGCCUGCUAGACAGGAUCAUCCUAGAGCUAUUGAAGCACUGACAAAGCUUGAUGUUCCUUAUAUUGUUGCUUUGCCUUUGGUGUUUCAAACUACUGAGGAAUGGCUUAAUAGCACGUUGGGUUUGCACCCGAUUCAGGUGGCGCUUCAGGUCGCUCUACCGGAGCUCGAUGGUGGUAUGGAGCCUAUUGUUUUCUCCGGUCGGGAUCCUCGAACUGGGAAAUCUCAUGCACUUCACAAGAGGGUUGAGCAGCUAUGCACCAGGGCGAUCAAAUGGGCUGAACUUAAAAGAAAAUCUAAGGCUGAGAAGAAGCUGGCUAUAACUGUCUUUAGUUUCCCCCCUGACAAGGGAAAUGUUGGAACGGCUGCUUAUUUGAAUGUCUUCUCCUCCAUCUUCUCCGUCCUGAAAGACCUCAAGAAGGACGGAUAUAACGUCGAAGGCCUUCCCGAAACUUCCGAAGCUUUGAUUGAAGAUGUUAUUCAUGACAAAGAGGCGCAAUUCAAUAGCCCGAAUCUAAACAUUGCUUAUAAGAUGAACGUUCGUGAGUACCAACAAUUGACACCUUACUCGUCCACCUUGGAAGAGAACUGGGGUAAGCCUCCUGGCCAUUUGAACUCGGAUGGAGAGAAUCUGUUGGUAUAUGGAAAGCAGUACGGAAACGUGUUCAUCGGUGUUCAACCGACGUUCGGAUACGAGGGUGAUCCGAUGAGACUUCUCUUCUCUAAAUCUGCUAGCCCCCAUCAUGGUUUUGCAGCAUAUUACUCUUAUGUUGAGAAUAUCUUUAAGGCCGACGCAGUUCUUCACUUCGGAACUCAUGGUUCGCUUGAAUUCAUGCCCGGAAAGCAAGUCGGAAUGAGCGAUGUCUGUUAUCCCGACAGUUUGAUUGGUAACAUUCCGAAUGUAUACUAUUAUGCAGCUAAUAAUCCAUCCGAGGCGACCGUUGCUAAACGUCGAAGCUAUGCUAAUACCAUUAGCUAUUUGACACCCCCAGCAGAGAAUGCAGGGCUUUACAAGGGGCUUAAGCAAUUGAGUGAGCUUAUUUCCUCGUACCAAUCGCUUAAAGAUACGGGUCGUGGGGCGCAGAUUGUUAGCUCGAUUGUCAGUACUGCUAGACAAUGUAAUCUCGAUAAGGACGUCGAACUACCUGAGGAGGGAGAGGAAAUCCCAGCUAAAGAUCGCGACCUUGUCGUCGGGAAAGUAUACUCGAAGAUCAUGGAGAUCGAAUCCCGUCUUUUACCUUGUGGACUUCAUAUCAUUGGUGAGCCACCAUCCGCCAUGGAGGCAGUAGCAACAUUGGUUAACAUCGCUGCACUCGACCGUCCCGAAGACGACAUUUCAUCUCUUCCAUCAAUACUAGCAAACACAGUUGGAAGAAACAUAGAAGAUCUGUACCGAGGCAAUGACAAGGGAGUAUUGAAGGAUGUCGAGCUGCUUCGACAAAUUACCGAGGCUUCACGUGGGGCCAUUUCCUCGUUCGUGGAACGAUCAACUAACAGUAAGGGUCAAGUCGUCGACGUCGGUGAUAAGCUCACCUCAAUCCUAGGAUUCGGUAUAAACGAACCGUGGGUUCAGUACUUGUCAAACACCAAAUUUUACAGGGCUGACAGGGAGAAGCUGCGGAAACUAUUCGAGUUCUUGGCCGAGUGUUUGAAGCUCAUUGUCACGGACAACGAAUUGGGUAGUUUGAAACAGGCUUUGGAGGGAAAAUACGUUGAGCCGGGCCCCGGUGGCGACCCGAUUCGAAAUCCGAAAGUUUUGCCUACAGGAAAGAACAUUCAUGCCCUUGAUCCACAGGCUAUUCCUACAACAGCAGCAAUGCAAAGUGCAAAAGUUGUGGUGGAGAGGUUAAUAGAGAGGCAAAAGGCUGAAAAUGGAGGCAAAUAUCCUGAGACAAUUGCCCUUGUUUUGUGGGGUACUGAUAACAUUAAGACCUAUGGUGAAUCCCUGGCUCAGGUUCUGUGGAUGAUCGGCGUAAUGCCGGUAGCUGAUACGUUCGGUCGUGUCAACCGAGUCGAACCUGUGAGCCUCGAAGAGCUCGGAAGGCCUAGGAUUGAUGUUGUUGUCAACUGUUCGGGCGUGUUUAGAGAUUUGUUCAUCAAUCAGAUGAACCUCUUGGAUCGAGCGGUGAAGAUGGUUGCGGAAAUGGAUGAGCCUGUGGAGCAGAACUUUGUUAGGAAGCACGCAAUGGAACAAGCUCAAGCUCUUGGUAUCGAGGUUCGAGAAGCUGCAACUCGAGUCUUCUCGAACGCUUCUGGAUCAUACUCAUCUAACAUUAAUCUUGCUGUCGAGAAUUCGUCGUGGAACGAUGAGAAGCAACUCCAAGACAUGUAUUUGAGCAGGAAAUCCUUUGCUUUUGAUUGUGAUGCUCCUGGAGCUGGUAUGAUGGAGAAGAGAAAAGUUUUCGAGAUGGCUCUAAGCACGGCUGAUGCCACGUUCCAAAACCUCGACUCGUCCGAGAUCUCGCUGACCGACGUGAGCCAUUACUUUGAUUCCGAUCCGACUAAUUUAGUUCAAGGCCUGAGAAAGGAUGGGAAGAAGCCUAAUGCCUACAUUGCUGAUACCACUACAGCCAAUGCUCAGGUCCGAUCGCUCGCCGAGACGGUUCGACUUGAUGCAAGAACCAAGCUGUUGAACCCCAAGUGGUACGAGGGAAUGAUGUCGAGUGGCUACGAGGGUGUUCGAGAAAUCGAGAAGAGGCUAACCAACACGGUUGGAUGGAGUGCAACGUCGGGCCAAGUCGACAACUGGGUUUACGAAGAAGCUAACACGACGUUCAUUCAAGACGAGGAGAUGUUGAACAGGCUGAUGAAAACGAAUCCAAACUCGUUUAGGAAGUUGGUGCAAACGUUCUUGGAGGCGAACGGGCGUGGAUAUUGGGAAACUUCGGAGGAAAAUAUCGAGAAACUGCGACAGUUAUACUCCGAGGUCGAAGACAAGAUCGAGGGGGUCGAUCGAUGAAGUAUAUUGAUUAUGAACAGGUAAACAUUGUAAAAUCAAAAGAAGAAUGUAAAUUACUUUGGCUCUCACUUAUUCAACCAUCUUCCCUUUCAAGGAUGAAUGGAAUGUACUUUUGUAAUGUGAAAUUAUUUGAGACUCUCUUUGUACUCUUUUUAAAGUCUUCAUUGCAACUCCGUUUUUGAUGUAUUUGAAUAAAGCGAAAUUUCUCA